AUGUCUGCUCCUGCCCCGCCAGUGCCGCCACCUGCUCCGGUGACGACCCGCGUCAGCUGGACUGACAUGCUAACCUCCGGUGACCCGGCCCUGUUGAACCAGGCGCUUACGGUCAUCCUCACACUGGCAGUGGUUGCGCUGAUCCGAGAGAUCCACGCCUGGACAAAGAUGGCAAUUAAUGUGGGUGCCAAAGGAACGACACCUGCUCCCGGGACAACGCCACCAGCCGCCAAAGCCCCGGCUGCAGGAGCUUCAGCCUCGACACCAACGACGACGCCUGCCACACCUGCCGCGCUUGCAGCAACCAAGCCCAAGCCGGUGGAUGUGGAGAAGCCCUCGCCAGAGUCGCUCAUGGCAGCUGUCCAGGCGUGUCAGAAGGACAUCAAGAUCCUGCUCACACAGGGCGCCAAAACCUGGGCAGGCACAGAUGAGCUGACCGGUCAAGCGCCCCAGCACGCCUUGGCGCUCAAAGGGGUCAAAGAACAGGUGACGGACAUGAGCGGCUCCCUCAAGUCGCUGGCGGAAGCUCAGGCCGAGAUGAAGUCCAUGGGCCAGAGGCUCACAGGCAUCGAAGGUAUCCUGGGCAUUCUCGCCCCCAAGAUCUCCACGAUGAGUGGCAACCUGGAACUCGUGCGACAAGCCACCGACAGCCACUGGAAGGAUGUGGUCAAAAGUCUCGGAGCCCUCGCCAAUGCAAUCAAGGCCAACCACUCCCACUGGGAAGCGGUCACCGAGAAGAACCACACGCACAUUGUCGACGGGGUGAAAGAGGUCAUCAAGAAGGUGACCACCUGUGACUACAAAAGCUUCAAAGGGAUGACGAAGCAGAUUGAACAGCUGGGACAGGAGCUCGUCGCUUCGAUCGGUUACCUGCAGACGGACUCCACUGCGAUCAAGGAUAACCUCUACAACCUGGCGGUGGCUCUUGCAAGCACCAGCGAACAGGUGCAAACAGUGCGGGAGUACUGCGAGAGACCGCCGGUGCCCCUGAUGCAGGCGCAUGAUCGGGGACCGCCACCUCCCACCUAUGAGGCCCCUACGGUCAUCUCGCAUAUGGGACCGGGAGACCGACGCCAGCUGCAUCUACAAACAGCCAUCCCUGUACAUGCUGUUCCGGGCCACUCGCAUGACAGCGCAGGGCCGUCACAGGCGCAAUCGACGGCGCAGCCGUCCGUGCACAUAGAUUUAGGGGAAGGACGCAAAGUCAACAUCCCCCUGUUCAGAUAA